AUGGCGCAGUAUUUCUGUGGCAUCUCUCUACCAACAAACGAUAAAAUCACCGUGGAGACGACCCUUCCCGUCUUAGAGAUACAAACGUGGGCCAACCCUAUCAUCACCGAACGCCUUAUUAUUCGGCCACUUCGUUUAAAAGAUAUAGAGGGAUUUAGUGCCCUUCGCAGUCAACCAGAAGUCACAGCUUUAGCUUAUGAAGGUGGAUCUGAUCCUGAAUACGACCUAAACUCCAAUUUUGAAGCACUAAUAAACUAUCUCAGACCUUGGAUGAAAGCGAACAUAUAUUUUGCAAUCCUCAGUCGGACUGCAGAUGGAGAAGAAGGAGAAUACAUUGGUGAACUGUGUUUACAGUUUGGUAAUGGUUGGCCUAGUAUUGGUUACAUGUUCAGAAGAGAGUAUUGGGGUCAAGGGUGUGCGACUGAGGCCGUUAAAGGCUUUAUGAAAUUUUAUUGGGAUCUUCCUCGUGGUGCUGCAACCCUGGUGGUACACCCUGCUACUAUACACGGACCUGGGGGUGAAGAAGAGAAGUAUACUAAUACUCCGCCUAAAGUCAAGGAGCGAGUGCUUGGUGAGGCGGAAAGACUUAACGGUUCAAGUCAAAGGGUACUUCUAAAAGCAGGGUUUGAGCAGAUCGAGCGAAUAUUCACUGGCUUGGAUCUUUUUCAAUACAUCUUCCCUCUGGCUCAGGUUGACCUUGAAGCUUACCGCGAAAUGUAUUGGAGAGGGUAUAAAGCGCGCCCUACCUAGAUAGCCGACUGACACGCGAUUAAUGGAACUCUGGCACUUUAAAUAAAAGUUGAAAAUAGGUUGAAAUGAGACUUGGACACAUAUGGGGAUGGCUUGUUACAUCACCCGAAAGUUGCUUUUGUUAAAUUUUUAUUUUUUACAUUGUGUUUUAUUGUUUUAUUUAAAUGCCCCUAGUAUACGAAGGUGAUACGGGGUUGGAAUAGAU